CACCAACAUCCCCACCGUUGCCCGCCCGCUGCAGGUCUGUCCUCCGCGUCCUGCCCCACAGUGCCCACCAUCCUUCCUCUGCGCUUCCGCGCUGCGUUCUGCCCAGGCCGCGCCCAGCUGGAAUGCAGAGAUCGCCGCCCGGCUACGGCGCAGACGACCCGCCCGCCCGCCGCGACUGUGCAUGGGCCCCGGGCCCCGGGGCCGCCGCUGAGCCGCGCGGUCUCCCCACCGCGCCCGUCGUGCCCGCCGCGCCCGCUUCGCCACCCAGCCCGCCACGCAGUCCGCCACGCAGCCCCGAGCCGGGGCGCUAUGGCCUCGACCCGGCCGGCCGCGGGGAACGCCAGAGUGCCGACGAGUCGCGCAUCCGGCGGCCCAUGAACGCCUUCAUGGUGUGGGCGAAGGACGAGCGCAAGCGGCUGGCUCAGCAGAACCCGGACCUGCACAACGCGGUGCUCAGCAAGAUGCUGGGCAAAGCGUGGAAGGAGCUGAACGCAGCAGAGAAGCGGCCCUUCGUGGAGGAAGCCGAAAGGCUGCGCGUGCAGCAUUUGCGCGACCAUCCCAACUACAAGUACCGACCCCGACGGAAAAAGCAGGCGCGCAAGGCCCGAAGGCUGGAACCUGGCCUCCUGCUCCCAGGCUUGGCGCCGCCGCCGCCGCCGCCGCCUCCUGAGCCCUUCCCGGUGGCGCCUGGCUCGGCGCGAGCCUUCCGCGAGCUGCCCCCACUGGGUGCCGAGUUCGACGGCCUGGGGCUGCCCACACCCGAGCGCUCACCGCUGGACGGCCUGGAGCCCGGCGAGGCCGCCUUCUUUCCGCCGCCUGCGGUGCCAGAAGACUGCACGCUGCGGGCCUUCCGUGCGCCCUAUGCCCCGGAGUUGGCCCGGGACCCCAGCAGCUGCUUUGGGGCUCCCCUGGCCGAGGCGCUCAGGACCGCGCCGCCCGCCACACCCCUCGCUGGCCUCUACUACGGUGCCCUGGGCACGCCGGGCCCAUACCCCAGCCCGUUGUCGCCGCCGCCGGAGGCUCCACCGUUGGAGGGAGCUGAGCCACUGGGGCCCGCCGCUGACCUCUGGGCAGACGUGGACCUCACCGAGUUCGACCAGUACCUCAACUGCAGCCGGACUCGGCCUGACGCCUCUGCGCUCCCAUACCACGUGGCUCUGGCCAAAUUGGGUCCACGCACCAUGACCUGCCCGGAGGAGAGCAGCCUGAUCUCAGCGCUGUCAGAUGCUAGCAGCGCUGUCUACUACAGCGCCUGCAUCUCCGGCUAAGCCGCUGUCCGCUUCCUCCUGUUGCCACUGCGACCCUAUGGCCGGCUGCCGCUGCCCUCUCCUUCUUGCAGAUAUAUGUUUUGACUAUGCCACAGCCUCAGGACGCUGGCAGCUUGCUGCCUGUCUUCCUGCCACCAUCCUGGCUCUGGGGGUCCUGAGGGCCUCUCCCAGGAGUUGGGGCUGUUGCAGGAGCCGGAGUCUCGGACCUCCUGGCUGGCCCUGCCAGGGUUCAGCUUUUCAAAGCACUUAGUUCUUUCCCUGCAGUGUAUCUUUUAGAACCAGAUUUUUUUUUUACUUUCCCUUUUUUUAUAUACAUAAUACAAUAUAUUUAAUUUUUAA